GCCGCAGCGUCGUUACCAUGGCACCGGUUACUAGGGGCCCCGUUACUCUAGGAGACAUAAACAAUGGCCACGGUAAAUCCCGGAGCCCGCAGGUAGACCAGUCAGUGCAGCGGCCGGGCGCGGCGGACGUAGGAGCAGAGGACGUCACGUCAGUCGUACUCCACCCCGUGUAUGGUUGCUGUCCAGCAUUAGCUCACAAUGACUACUGAGGUGCAGAUUGGACCUUGGAAACCGCACAGGCCACGGGGGCCAAUUGCCGCUUUAUACAGCAGUCCCGGACCUAAAUACGCCUUGCCAGGAAACACAGGUUAUGUACAACAUGAUCCAAGUAAAUAUCGAGCCCCCGCAUUCAGCUUCGGUAGUCGCAGAUUCAAGUUUGUGGAUGACUGCUCUCCAGGACCAGGGUAUUUGGUGCCAGCUAACAUCACCAUGAGGGGAAAAGAUGGAACACCUGCUUAUUCGCUCUAUAGCAGACCAAGGGACCUGAAUACAUUCAGGACUCCAGGACCAGGGAGCUAUUCUCCUGAGCGUGCUGGCAAGUCUGCCUAUCGGUCAGCUCCAAUUUAUUCCUUAGGAGCAAGAACAAAGACGUUCAGCAACGAUCAAACUCCAGGGCCAGCAUCAUACAUGCUUCCAUCAGUGCUAGGACCAAAAAUUGUGAACAAGUCAUCAGCACCAAACUACUCAAUGACUGGAAGGAGUAAAAUUGGAAGCUUCCAUGAAGAUCUACAAAGAACACCAGGACCUGGAACAUACCGGGUUGUUGAUCCAAUAACAUAUAAAUAUAAGCCCCCUCAAUACAGCAUGAUCGGCAGAAACUCCCUGCCUGGAGAUACUACACAAAAGCCUGGACCAGGGGCCUACAGUCCUGAAAAGGUCGUGUUGAGCAAAUCCCAAGCCCCUAACUUUUCUUUUGGAAUCCGACAUUCUGAAUAUGUUGCCCCCUUGAUUGUGGAUGUAGCAGAUUAACAAAUGGAUGAGAAGAAGACCAGCGAGUAAAUGGCUAUAAAAACAUUACAUAGUUCACUUCAGACAUGUCUUUUUUCUGCUUUAAGACAAUGCAGAUACACCAAUGUGUUCAUAUUACAGACACAUAAAAAUUAUGUUGGGUCCCUAAAAUGUAAUAGGUUAAACAUACUUUGCUUGUUAAAGGGAUACUCUGGCAAUAACAAAUUAUCACCUUUCCACUACAUAGGUAAUAUCUGCUAGAUUGGUAGGUGUCCAACUGCUGUGGCCCCAUUCCCCCUUUAAAUGGAGCAACGGUCAAGCAUGCACGCCAACACUUGAAAGACAUCUGUGAAUGACAAACAUAGCCAGACCCCCAAUGAUCUAAUGAAUAGGUGAAAAUUAGUUAUUCCUGGAAUACCCCUGUAAAUUGUAAUGGUUACAUGCAAAAAACAUACAUCACUAAUUCAUGACUAGGUAUAAUACACUUUGGACUCCAACAGGCUAUGCACAUAUGGUCGGUCAGAGUAAUACCAAUUUUAAUAGGAGCCACCAACAAUCUACAAUGCAUGAGGGCAGCCAUGGGUUUUAACCUGCCUUAUCCUUUGUGUAGCUAAGUGUUGUGUAGCUGCGAUUUAAUACCCCCAGACCUUUUAUUGGAAUACCAUAUUUGUUUAACAGCUGUCAAAUAUGGAUGAUUGGUUAAAGGAGUAUUCCUGUAUAAAUUUUUUUUUUAUAAAAGUCGGAGACUGGAGUAGCCAGCAACAGACAGGGAAAAGGGGAGCAACGUUAGGCAAAAAAAAUAUCUAAUAAUUAUGUGUUGGCUGUGCCUAGGCAGGCUAUACCUCUCCUACCCACAUUAGGCUAGUCAGUUUUAGCCUAAUGUCCCCCAAUGUAAUACAUGAGAAAGAAGCAGCUUUUUAAGGCAGAUUUCAUACAUGUGGCGUUUGUCUGUGUGAGCAUGCCCUAAGUCUGGGAUUGUACACGAGCAUAAGACUAAGCAUGGAAAAUCUAUUAACAUUUGUACAGACUUGUAGUACAGGUGAAAAUAAUACUAUUCCUUGCUCUGUGGCUCCUUUCUUUAGUAAGCCCUGGUCUUCUAGAUAUGCUUGUUAUCCUGAUUGGUGCAUUGGAGGCAUACCUAAGCCCUGGGUGCAUGGUGAUAUCCAACUGGCAUCUUCAUAGUAACACCCCCUCCCUUGUGCUUGGCCUCGUCUGAGUGAAUGAGUUCCACUCUGCAGUUAUGCACAGUAGUCGAGGUCACAGCCAUCAUGUUGCAGAGUGGAGUUCCAUUCUGCAUCGGAGGAGGCUCCGCACAAGGGAGGAGGCGUUACACUGAAGAUGCUGGCUAGACGUUACCAUGCACUUGAGGCUUGGAAAUGCCCCCUCCAUGCACCAAGCAGGAUAAUUACCAUAGACAGAAGACAGGGGAUUACUAAAGAAUAACUUAUUUUAUAAGGUAUGCUCUCUACAAAAAUCUAUUUUUUUUAUACUUUAUUAUGACCAUCUGAUAAUGAAAGGCUAUGGACACGUUUGCACAGAUUUUUUUUAUUGUUCAUUUGCUUCCUAAAUAUAAAAUUAGGAAACUUUAUACAUAGACUUCAAGAACUUCCUACCAUUUUGCUGUUGUAGAGUCUUUGUAGUUUUAUAGGGCCUCAUUUCUGAUUCCAGCAGCAGUAAGGGUCAGGAGGUUGUAUAUGACAGGUCACAAUGUGUAGACAGCCAAGUAUUUGAGUUUUCAGCAAGGGCAGAUUGGAGAGAAAAGCAGAAACACA